ACUUUGUCCCUUGCACAGACAGACAACAGACUGAGACAUACCUAGAAGUCAAAGAAACAGAGAGGUAACAAUCGGGUUGAGUGUUUUUAUUCCUGCUGGAGAGUUUCACAGUCAUUUCAUCAGCAGCUUUAAUGUUGGAAUUAUGACACUGACUACCGACAAGGUGUACGCUGGGAUGGAGCUCGCUGACCUUCUGCUCAGGAAUACGGAUGAAACUGCUAGUUGCCACAGCAACCAUUCGUGGAGCAUCAGCAUUGAUGAUACUCUGAGCCCUGAGGUGUCCUCUGCUGAUGACUUCCUGGAUGCCCUGCUGGGUGGUAGCGAGUGCUCCUCUGCUGCAGCAUCCCCCCUGUGGUCACCCUGCACCACCGACAGCGGCAUCAACGAGGAGCCCCUAACAGAUUCCGUCGAGAGUCUUCAGCAGCCCUCCUGCGUAGCUUUCCCAGGCUUUGACACGUUGUCUUUCCCUCACCCUCCAGCUUUGGAGAAUCAGCCAACUGCAAAUGAAAUGAAGCCUCAUGUUUCCAUAGAUUUUGGCUGGGAGUCUGAUGACCUCAAAGAGCAGUUUGGCAUUGCUCACUACCUCACUGCAAAUCAAACUCUGUCGUCUACUCAGACUCUCACAGUGAAGGAGCUGCUGCUCUCCAACCUGACACAGAAAUCGCAGCAGAUCCCCCAGAAUACCCUGCAGGAGCUUGUACUUAACGAGGAUGAGAAGAGGCUUCUGGUUAAAGAAGGGGUGAACUUAUCGAGCAAACUACCCCUGUCCAAGUUUGAAGAGAGAGUUUUGAAGAAGAUCCGGCGGAAAAUCCGAAACAAGCACUCGGCUCAAGAGAGUCGGAAGAAGAAGAGGGAAUAUGUUGACAGUCUGGAGGAAAGGAUGUUUGCUUGCAACGCCAACAACCUUGAGCUACAGAGAAAGAUCCAGAAGCUGGAGGAGACCAACAAUGCUAUGUUGGAGCAACUGAGUCGGCUUCAGGCUCUUCUGCCCAAAAGCUCCAGCAAAAAAGCACACAGAGGGACCUGCAUCCUGGUUUUGCUCCUCUCGUUCUCCCUCAUAAUUUCCUUAAAUCUGCAGCCAGAGCCGUACAGCCAACUUGGCCACGAGGAGUACACACUGACCCAAAUGCCAUCACGUUCCCUGCAGUCGAUGGAUGAAGCACCAGACGUCCCUCUGUUGACUGACGGUGAAGCUCUGAGCCUGGACAGGUCUCCCUUCAGUAGACUUCCCACUCUGUCACCUUCAAGAUGACAGAAGGUGAAAAUCACUAAUCUCCUCGGAGCCCACCAGGAGGAAAGAUGCUGCAAGGGAGUGCAGCUCUGCUUGCAAACAGGAUUGAAAUGAGCACUUUGAUUGCUAUGCAACAACUGUUUCACACUCCAGGAAACAACUGAAGUGUUAGUGUGUGUUUUCCAUAAACUCUAACACACACACACACAGCUACUUAAAUAGAUUUUUAACACUGAACGUCACUCACUCAGUUGGAGGUUAGAGAUGAGGACAUCCAAACGGAUGAACCCUAAACUUGUUUUUGGUAAAGGUACCCUUGUGGACUUGGUGGAAUGUGUAUUAUAUUGCUGUCCUAUUAUUGCAAGAUGUAUUAUU